CUUGAUUCGUGUAAUUUCAGUCAUAAAUUUCCAGACUAUAUACACUGCCUGUGCCUCAGAAAAUCUUGCACGUCAAUAAUUGCCGAUCGAUGUAUGGAUGAACAUAAAUUCAUGAUUUGAAAUAAAUUAUUAAUUUAAUAAACUACUAAUUUACAGUAAACUAAAAACAUUCAAGCAGUAUCUGGCAUCAACCUGCCCUGAAUUUGCUUCGCUUUCACUCCAAUUUUGAGUGUGCAAAGAUUUGUCCAGUGCUAAGCUACCAAGCGGCCUUAAUCAUUCCCAUCCCAGUCCCACUAAAUCAACAAAUAUGAUAAAACCCACUUGAUCAAUUCUUCAACAAAUUUGGUCCCAACAUUUAAAAAAAUAAAGAGGUUUUCAGAUCAGGCCCUGGACGACCACCAUAGCCUUGCUGCUUCAGAGCAGCAAUGAAGCCAAAUCGAAAGCCAUGGAAUAUGGUGACAAGCAGCAAUUUGGGUCUGAAGUUCAAUUUCUUAAAUCUGAAUGUGGCAAUAUUUGUGGCGGUGAUCUUUGUAAUCAUCGCCCUGUAUCACUUCAACGAAAGCAGAGUCAGAGAAUUACUGUUUGAGGGGAGCAAUGUAGUGAAUGACAGUGCUGCAAGUAGUGAUCGCAGUAAUGGGCCAUUAGUACCACUAUCAAGGUGCAAUCUGUUUGAAGGGAGAUGGGUUAGAGAUAAUGAAUCUUACCCACUGUACAGAGGGAAGCAAUGCUCUUUGAUGAAUGAUGAAUUGGCAUGUGAAAAGUAUGGAAGAACCAAUCUGGAUUAUCAGCAUUGGAGAUGGCAACCUCACCAAUGUGAUCUCCCUAGGUUUGACGCCAGUAAAAUGUUGGAGAAGAUGAGAAAUAAGAGGAUUGUUUAUGUAGGAGACUCGGUGAAUAGGAACCAAUAUAUGUCAAUGGUUUGCCUAAUGGAGUCAUCCCUCAUGGACCGACCCAAACAACUUCGCUAUAAUGGCUCCCUGAUUACCUUCAAAGCCUUUGAUUACAAUGUUACGAUCGACUUCUAUUGGGAACCAUUGCUGUUGGAAUCGAAUGGAGAUGAUCCCAUAAUCCAUAGGGUGCCUGUGCGUAUUAUAAGAAACCACGGGAUCGAAAAACACGCCCGAAACUGGAAUGACGCCGAUGUUCUUGUAUUUAACUCCUACGUCUGGUGGAGACAGCUCAAAAUUAAGAUCCUGAAGGGAUCAUUUGAAAAUGCAGAUACUGAUAACGUUUACGAAGACAUAGAGAUGCUUCCAGCGUAUGAAAUGGCACUCCAGACAUGGUUUGACUGGAUUGAUAAUCAUGUCAAUCGUACUAAGACCCGAGUCUUCUUCGUCAGUUCUUCUCCUACUCACAACAGGUAAAUCAAUCGUGAACAUUAGUAUACUCUACUCGUCUCAUAAUAAUGGUCUGUCGUGUUUUUUAAAAUUAGAAUACCAUGAAUGACAGGGCUGAAGCAUGGGGAAGCCCGAAGGAACACAAGUGCUUUUACGAAACAGAACCCAUAUCGAAGGAGGGGUACUGGAGCGUGGAUUCGGAUCCAAGAAUGAUGCGUUUGGUGGGAUCGUACAUAAACAAAUUGAGCAGCAGAGGAUUCAGAGCCCAGAUGAUCAACAUCACUCAACUGUCGGAAUACAGAAAAGAUGCGCAUCCGGCAAUGUACCGGAAAUUUUGGGAUACAUUAACGCCGGAGGAAUUAACAACGCCUAAUUACCACACGGACUGUACACAUUGGUGUCUCCCUGGAGUUCCAGAUGUUUGGAACCAGUUCUUGUAUACAUACUUGUUCUACUCUUGACCAACACAAGAAAUUAUAAUAUAACACACAUCUAACCAAAACUAACCAUAUUGUUAUUGUUUUUUUUUUUUUUUAAUGUGGGGGCUAGUAACAUUACAGUUGUGUGUUUUUCUUUUUUGGUCUAAAAUUCUAAAAUUAGACUAUUCCUGAUAACAAUUCUAAGAACACUCUGAAGAUUGACGCCGGUGCCUCCUCUCGAGUCAAGUUGAAAUUGCAAUACACGAGCUCUUUCACACACCUUUGUUAUAAUUGAACAAGUGUGCAGAAAAUCAAAAGAAG